ACUUUUUUAUUCUGGUUGCAAAUGGGCUAAAAUGUUUGCAAACUAGCUAGCUAACCAUGUCUAAAUCAGACUGUUUAUAUACUUUAUAGAGUCUAUGGUCUAAAUGGGGAUUCAUGGAUCUUUAUUUGAUUUAAUUGCAUGCCGCUAAGCACAGCUGUAGCUAGGAGGCAAAGCUAUCGUGGUACCGCAUAAAGCCAUUCAGCCAUGUCUGCAAACCCCGAUGAUCAGAGCAGUUCUGGGGUUAAAUCAUUUGGACAGUGCGUCUACACCGCAGAGGAGUACCAGGCCGUGCACGAUGCUCUCCGUCGGAAACUGGGACCAGAGUACAUCAGCUCCCGAAUGGCAGGAGGGGGGCAGAGGGUGUGUUACAUCGAGGGUCAUCGUGUCAUCAGCCUGGCCAAUGAGAUGUUUGGAUACAAUGGCUGGUCCCACUCCAUCUCACAGCAAAAUGUUGACUUCGUGGAUAUCAUUAAUGGCAAGUUCUAUGUGGGAGUCAGUGCCUUUGUCAAAGUAACAUUAAAGGAUGGUUCGUUCCAUGAGGAUGUGGGCUAUGGAGUCAGUGAAGGCCUCAAGUCUAAAGCUCUGUCGCUGGAGAAGGCCAGAAAGGAAGCAGUCACUGAUGGGAUGAAGAGAGCUCUCAAAUGCUUCGGCAAUGCUCUUGGGAACUGCAUUUUGGAUAAGGAGUACCUUGUAGCUAUUAACAAAAUUCCCAAGCAGCCUCCAGCCCCUCUGGACCCUACCCAAACCAAGCGUUAUGCAGGUGAACCUGCUGUGGAGAAGGCCCGCUUUUGUAGUUUGCUCCAAGAGGAAAAAAAAGUGUCAGUGGAAUAUCCCAGAACCCCCUUAGAGCCGAGAACCCUCAACCAGCACCAUGAAAAUCAAGCCAACUCUGCUCCUGCACCGAACAGUAGGACAGACACAUUUAUUUCUAGACCCAGCUCAAACCCAGUGAAUGUGACUGGCUCAGAGACACUGACAGAUCCCAAACAACUGCGAAAGCUCCGACAACAACAAUUGCAGCAGAAGUUCAGACAAGAGAUGGAGGCCAAGAAGAUGCAAGAGAAACAGCAGCACCACCAGGCUGAUGUGACAGGGGGCGCCAAUGAGAACCGCUCAAGUGGAGAUUGCCGUGUGCCUGUGUCACUCAAGGAGGAGCACUUAGCAGAUGACCCUGAGCUGUGGGACUUCACCCUGGAGGGGGUUGAUGAUCUUCUGGUCCCAGCAGAGGGGCCCAGCAGAGGGGCCCGUCCCAGCACUCCCUGUAACCACCACAUGCAGACGCGCAGCAAGACCCCCCAGCGGCCUUCCUGCAGACCCUCCGAACACACACAAAGCACAGGGCAGUACAGGAACCAGGGUCACCAGACAAGAGGUGAGGCCUUCAGUCCAUACAGACAAGGACAAUAUAUGAAGAAACGCAGACUUGAUACAUAACCAUAUGGCAUUAUGUGGUAGUUUAUUAUGAACUGUUCUUUUGACUCAAAAUGUUUAUUUUUUAUUAAGUAUAUGCAGUGUUUAUUUUUAGACCAAUUUUAUACAUAAACUGGCUCAUUAAAGAUGCACAAAUGUGUGGAGUCUGUAAAGCUUUUGGUGAAUAAAAUGCAGUUAUCAGUUU